UCUUGGUUCUUAUUAUGCCAAGUUUGCUAGCACUGCUAGUAGCACAACACAAUGAUUUUCUUUAUUCAUAUAGUCGUGCUUUCUACUCUUAUGGUCAGUUUUGGAAAACUGAAACUGUACUUUGUGGUACUUGUGGGAGGAUGCUGCAUUCCUCAGACUGUCAUUGUGGAGAAGCUAUGUAAUUAGUGUUAUGCCAUCCAUUCCCGUUUGCAAUACUACUCUCUUAUAUACUUCUGUCUGGAAGAUAGACAAUGUCUUCCAGGGCAGCUGGCGUUCAUCCUGCCAGUGAAGUAAUCCACUUUGAUUUCUUGCAGGCUUUGAACAUUCAUAUAUAUAUUUAGACAUUCACUUUUUUAUUGGGCUUUGCCUGGUGCUUUCAAAUCUUAUUUCCACACUUUCACUGCUCUUGGUGCAUGUAAUGAACCCAUACAGCUGAACUGGACACAUGAAAGUAAAGAUAACGAAGUAGCCUUUUACACUUCGCAAUGCACAUGUUUUCUGGGCACAGUAGCCAAUACAAAUUUCUCCAGGACAUGCCUGAUCUACGGACAUUGGUUAACUGCUCAGCGGAUGAAUGGCUUCAAUAUAUCUGUAAUCCUUGUAUUUUGGAUUUACUUUUUACACAUGUAAAUGAGUAUAUGCCGAUGAAUAAUGUAGUCUUUCGUGAUCCAGUUAUCCCUUCUUUUUUUAGUGUCGCUGUUGACAUGGCAUUUCAAGGUCACAGUUCAAGACAGGGUUAUCAGUUUGAGCCGACCUAUCGCCCAGGAGAGCCUAGGAGGAAACGGCGUAUGAGGAGCAGCAAUGACAGUGAAGAGCCAACAGUACAGCCUGAAGGCUAUAGUCUAGAGGAUAUGCAGUGGUGCUUGUGUGGCCACUGCACAAUUAUGACCACAGAACGUGAAUGUCACUGUUGUGCGUCAUCACCACGCGCGAUCGAAAAAUGGAGACAACUAAACUCGGGAUCAGAAAGUAACACAUGCAUCACCUUCCACCCCCAAUUUGAGACGGCUUGCUUAUUACCACACGUUCUAGAGCUACUAUAUAGGUAUCACUGUAUGCUUAGAGGAAGAUACCGACAUGCACAGUGGACAAACAGGUUGUACCGCCUGUUUGCUUACAGAGCGUAUGUCUUGUGGGUGCACAACAAUCGCAAACUUGGAUUCGGAAAUCGCAUGAUACUUCCCGCGUGUGUUGUAGCACGAAUAAGAGCUGAAUUUCCAGCUGAAGAAGAUGACUGUUACACUGGGUUUCAACCAUUUGAAGGACUAUGGAUUUUCUCUGAGCAUUGAUGUGGACUUCUGUUCAUCUAAGUUUGUUUAUCCUGCUGUAAUGAUUAUAAGAAAAGGAAUGCUGCUAUACAUUAAUGUAACACUCCUGAAUGUGCACUGUAAUGGAGAGCAAUAAAGUGUUUGAAGAUUAAGAUGUGUCUGUAAUCAUUGCUGAGCCAAUAAUGUCUUCAUAAAACAAUUAGAUUUUCAUUUCUGAUCAACUCAUGUAGACCACUGUAGCGUCUUGCCAGUAAUGCAGAAAG